UAGCCUACUAGAAUUUUGAACAGUUUUUUAGGACGUGCAUAAUAAUUUAUGUCUAGCUCCAUACAAAAAAAGUGUUCCCAUAUUUAGAUAAUUACCUAUGGAAUAUUUACAUGUAUGGACUAUUUUCAUAAUAUUCUUUCAGACAUGUAUCGCCGUGUCCAUCUGCUGGCUGACGCUCGACUGUCAGCUGUCUCCCCGCCACGGCGAGUACCCUGAACUCACUCUCAUGAAGAUGCUCUACUUCUUCGACCCCGAGGCGUGCCACAGGGUCGUCUUCUACAACGUGUCCAGGGUCGAAGGGAGGACUGUUCAGACAACUAUCAUCUGGCCGAAGAAGAAUCCUGUUGCUGCUAAGUAUAGAAGGUUGGUGCAAUAUUCAGGGUCCUUCCACGUUAUAUGGCUUCUACUAGCCAUAUUGAAUGUGACACUGCAACAAAAAAGUUACGGGUUCUACUGCGCGCUGCUCCCGUGCAGUGGCGUAGGGGCCGCCCUGCUGCUCACCGACCUCGUCUACACCGGCAUGUUCCUCGGAGACCUGCAGUAUACUGGGACUGAAGAAGCGAUCCUCUCCUACAUAGGCGCUGCCACCAACGCCUCCGCUAUCUUCCCCUCGCCCCGCGGCUCAUCCCCGCGGCCCCCGCAGCUCGGGGUCACUGACACCAGCUGGGCGAGCCUGCUGAUGGCCUACUGCUGCUGCCGCGGGGUGGCGCUGUGGGUCGUCAACUUCUGGGUCAUCAAGGAUAAUUACUUCUACGGGCUUGCUUGUCAUCGUGAGUUUUGAAAUGUGUGGUUUUUC